UAUGAGUCGCAUUGCAUUCUGGUACUUGUAGUGUGUUUCUGAACUCCCUUUAUUGUGGUCGUUGCAGAGCUCACUCCUCCGCCCUAUGAUGUCUGCGGGCAGCUCAGUGUCUCACACAGCGGAAAAUGGAACCGGAGGAAACAAGAGGACACCGUGUCCGUUCCACGGCUGUAAGCGGGUGUAUUCAGACGUUAACGCUCUGCAAACACACAUCAACGACCAUGAGAUCUCCGCCCAGUCUCUUCCUGGUAUGGCCUGCAACAGACGCAUCCUUUGGGAGCACACUAGAGGGCGCUACACGUGUGUGCAGUGUGGCCACUCAGUAACCAACCGCAAAGAAAUGACUCAACACAUCAGCAGUUAUCACAGUGGUAACAAACCUGCAGAAGACGCAGGGAGCUCUGCCACUAACACAUAGUGUAGAAGAAGACUCGCUCACUGUACCACAUGCUUUUUGUUGUCUUCAAGAACUGAUGGAACACUGAGUAACGGUUCCUUUAUGAUAGACAGUUAUUCUGAGUGAAGAGAUCUGAUCAUGUGUUAGUGUGCUUACAUUUUUUUUUCCAUUACUUUGUCUAUUUAUAAAGCACUUAACUCAGCUCCCAGACACACAAGGACAUUUGAUUAAAUAUCAGAUGUGUCAUCCACACUUGCUCUAACAUUAGAAUAGACUAUGGAUGCCAUUUUCCAUACAUUCAAAGCUUAUCAAGGUUUUUGAAUGAAAGUGUGAUGACCAAACCUGUACCUGGUUAGUCCAGACAAAUCGGAUUUAUCAGUAGAUACACUAACUCUGUCAGGUGUGCUGGAUCCCAGUCUGUUCCCUGUUUUUGUGUGUCAAUUUGGUCAAAACAUUUGAACUUUUCAGCAACUCAAGUUAUGGAUUACAUUGCACCUGUAAAACCUAAGCUAAUUUCUGCUAAAACAAAAGCACCUUGGAGGAAUGUGGAUGGAGUGAGGGCACUGAAAAGGCCGAAUGCCAACAAAUAUAAAUAUAUUCUGUUUUGUAAAAUAUAAAAUUCCUGAUUUCCAGGAUUUUUCAUGGUGUUUGGAGCAGUCAGCCAGGGCAGAACCAUAUGUUUGGCAGUGUGUGUGAGCGAAGUACAACGUGUGACUAAACGCACACUCCUGCCUCUACACCUGCACACCACAGGCUGCAAAACAGCUGACAGCAACUGAAUAACAUUGCAGUUUUAGCAAGUGCCAUGCAUUAAACUCGUCUGGAAUCAUUAUCAAUGAAGCUUUGAAUUAUUCGGUACAGCCCUAAUUAAUUCCGGUUAAGUUCACUGUGAAGGCCACGCUGUAUGAAGUUGUUGCUGUCAGAUGUUUGACCUGCAAAUUCCAGGUGGAACUGUUUUGUAUGCUAAUAAUGUGAGUUCACUUAAUGCCGUUAGGCCCUCUCUCAGCUGACAGCUGUGAAUCAAUUGUAUGGUGAAAUGUUUCUGAAACAGAUUUUCACUGCAUUAGAAACUGUGCUGCAACUCUGUUCUCCAUAGAAAAUGCCACUGCUACUGUAGCUCUGGGUGUUAUGUAGUAGGUUGUGCAUUGGACACAAACAACCUGUGUUAAAGUUGUAUUGGCUGCACGUGGAUUACAUGUGUUUGAACUGCUGCAGAUACUUCACUUGUGUAAACCUGCGUCUUCAGUUUUAUUGUCUUUUAGAACAAGGUUGUAGAAUGAAGUUUAGAUAUAGUUCCCUUUAAGCUACUGCCAACAGUCAUAAAAUAAAAAUAAUUUGAAUUAAAGGCUGGUGUUAUUAAUAUUGCAGAAAACAAGGUUUGAUACAUGUUUUGUUCAGGACAUACCCUUCUACCUAAAUAACUGAAAAACCUUUGACCACAGUGUUUAUAUUUUACUGACUCAACUUGAAGCCAGGGCCUAUAGAACCAUUGUGCCACGCCCAUAACCAUAUCACAUGUAAAUUCUUGAUACUUCUGUUUGCCAAGUUUUGUGUGUUUUCAAGCAUGUUUAGCCCCUCAAAAAUGCAUCAUUUGGAAAAAAAAAAAAGAAUUCCUUGUAUUACAAUAGAGCCUGGUCACCGGUCGCUGCUCAGGCUCUAUGCAGUUUUUAUUUGGAUCAGUCAGAAUGAGUUGAUACAAGCACUUGACUGUUCAGAGUGCCGAGAGAUUCUGGUCUGCUCAGGCUACCCCUCCCUGCCUCUGUACAUCCAUACAUGCUCCUGAACAACCACCACCACCUGACCCCUUCCUUUUCUAAUGACAUGCCCGCCAGGCAGUGAGCUUUACAAUAACUAACACACCAAGACAAUACCACAUAACAAGAGGUCCCACUCGAUCAUUAUCCUGUGUAUUAUUAGACAUUAUCACAUGCAGACUGAAGUGCUGUUUUCAACAAACAAAUCUCAUCACUUAGAUGAAGUAGUCACUGUCAAUAGAUAAUCUAUAUAAAAAAA